UCCACUAAGUCUAAUUCAAAUGCCAAAGAAAGGCAAGAAAAUGUAUCCAAAACUUGCUUUUUUCUUAUCAAUCUUAUCCCUCCAUAUUCUAACAACCUCAGCCUCGGAUCCAGAUCCUGUUCAAGAUUUUUGCAUUCCCAACACAGAAUUGGGUUCCACAAGAACAUCCAGAUUUAACCUCGAAACAUGCAAAAAUCCCAAGGAAGUUAGUCCAGAAGAAUUCGUAUUUUCAGGCAUAAAAUCACCUGGAAAUUUCUCAAACACAGGCCUUUCAGCCAUAUCUGUGACUCCUACAGUAUUUCCAGGACUCAACACGCUCGGCAUGUCAUUUGUACGCGCAGAUCUCAAGGUUGGAGGCAUUAAUGCUCCGCAUUUCCACCCGAGAGCCACAGAAAUCGCAUACGUGGUGCAAGGAAAAGUUUAUUCCGGUUUUGUGGAUUCGACCAACAAGGUUUUUGCCAAAAUUAUUGAACAAGGAGAGGUAAUGGUGUUUCCUAGAGGUCUGGUGCAUUUCCAGAUGAAUGUUGGAAAAUCUUCUGCAACAAUUUUUGGAAGUUUUAACAGCCAAAAUCCUGGAACCCACAGAAUCCCAAAUGUUAUUUUUGGUUCUGGAAUCAAUGAUGAGCUUCUGGAAAAGGCUUUUGGAUUAACUCUUGAGCAAAUUUCAGUUAUGAGAAGGAAAAUAAUCUUCCCUAAAGAACAAGGCAAUGUGUGAUUUCGAAGGAUAAAUUCUUGAAGAACAGUUUAGUAUGUUUUUAUAUGCAUUCUUUAGUAACUGAAAUUUCUGUAGCUAAUUGCUGAAGGCAGUAAGUUAUGAACUGUGGUUACCAGCUAAACAUUGUUUUGGAUUUAAACCACAAUAAUUACAAUGAUAAGUACCAAUACAACAAGGAUUUUGGGCUAUUGCAACCUUAAGGCAAUGAUGUAUCUUUAUUGGA